UCGCACAUGGCCGCUGCUGGAAGUUGCUGCAUUUGUUGACAGUGGUGACAUUUUAACUUCUACCGUUUUUUUGCCGUAUAUCAUCGUUCGGAAGCGCACACAGAGGUCCAGUGUAGCUAGGCGACGCCUGCUCCACAAUCGUACCGUGUUGUCACUAACCUUUUGGCAAGUGACAACGAAUGUCUUCGGUCUUUCUUUGUGCUAGUGUCUAGUGUUUUGAGCAGUCUCGUUGUCUACUUCGUAGCGUAAGAGACUGACCUGCUGGCGCAAUGAAGGCAAACAGACCAGACGCCGGGAAAGGUCGUGGCGGCUGGGGCGACCAGCGGCAGCAGAAAGGUGCGAGACCAGAUCAGCCCGCUAAACGAAAAGUGUAUGUUGGGAAUAUCGGCGCCGAAGCCAGAGAGGCCGACAUUCGCCGGGUUUUCGAAAAGUACACAGUGGAGCACGUGAACAUGCGAUUCGAAGGAGAAAGGAAGGCGCACUGCUUUGUCAUUUUUUCUACUGAAUCAGAAGCAGAAGAGGCCCUGUGCGGGUCAUAUAUGCUUAACAAUCAUCCCAUUGCUGUCAAGAGUCCUAGCACCAGGCCUGAGCCUGUUGGGUUCAGCUCGCAGCCUUCGACAGGAGCUUCUCGAGACCAUCAUGAAGGUUCCAAGGACAGCAGCACUGACAAGUCAAAGGAAGCCUUCCUUGCAAACUUGCCAAACCAUAUUGAGGAGGAACACAUUUUCCAACUCUUUGAGAGGUUUGGACCUGAGAAAGUGGUGCUUAAGAAACCAGAUAACAAGAAGCCGUUUGCAUUCGUGACAUUGCGAGACCAGCAGGCAGUUGCAGAUGCCAUCAAUGAGAUGAAUAACUAUGUUUUUCUGGGAAAGAAGAUCAGUGUCAUGGUCUCCGGUCAAAGGGGUGGAACCAAGAAGAAAAAGGGUUCAUCAGCUCAGCCAAACAGGGAUAUGCAGCAGAACAACACUAAUUCUUCUCAUGAAAGCAGUAACAUAGAGGAGUCAUGGGACAACAUGUCAUCAUCUGCACCAAGUUUGUUACCUUUGCCAAGUACCAAGGGUGUGCAGAAUGGCAACAGCUUUUCUCAUAAAGGCGGCAAUUCAGAAGAAAGCUGGGACAAUGGGUCGUCUACGCCUAGCGUUGUUCCUGACGUACACUCUUCCUCCUCCCUCUCCAUGCCGAUCCUUGAUGGACCUCCAGCGCUUUGUCGAGUCUUGGAUGCUCGUAGGGCUGGUGACGUUCCACCACCGUUGAUCCGUGUCAGGGAUGGUCGACCGUCUACGGCUCCCAAACGAGCUGUCAUUCACAUACCUGAGCACAGUGCCGCAAAUGGAGUGGACUUGCAGGAUGGCCCGCCUCCUCUGGAACGUGUCCCAGCUCAGGGAGCCCAUGGCAGGCCACAGCAAGAAGGUCGAGGAGCUGCUAAGGCACCAAAUGAAGUGUUUGUUGGAAAUUUGAAGGCAGGCAUCACGGAAGAAGAAAUAAGGAGCAUUUUUGCAAACUAUGGGGUGGUCAACAUUUCCCUGAAAGCGAAGGGCCCAAAGCCCAUAUGCUUCGUGGAACUAGAAAGUGCAGUGUGUGUUGAGCGUGCUGUUCAAGACCUGGAUGGUGCCUCCGUGGGAAAUCAGCAAAACUUGGCUGUUCGCAAGGCAGAUGCCCCCAAGCCAAAACAGAAGCCACAGAAAGCAGAGGCACCUGCUGCCAAGGACCCCUUCAGCAAUGCGAACAAGCUCUUUGUGGCUAACCUCCCGAAAAACAUCACUAGGGAUGACCUAAGGAAUAUUUUUGACAAGUAUGGAGUGGAAGAGACCUUUCUCAUCACUUCAAAAGGAUCUCCGUAUGGCUUUGUCACCCUGUCAUCAGAGGCUGCCUUCAACACAGCCCUACAUGAGAUGCAAGGCUUCGUUUUUCAAGAUCACAAACUGUAUAUUGGCCUGCCUUCAAGGAGGGAUGGCAACCAACAAGCUAACCCUGCUCCCAAGACCAACGUAGUUUCUGCCAAGGACCCUGUUACUGGUAGUAAUAAUCCUGGCCAUUCAUCUGAGCCAUCUCCAGUGGUACUUUGUGUUGCAAACUUUCCCCCUGAAACAAAAAUGGCCGACAUCGCAGAUCUUUUCUCCAGCUGGGACCCCAUUGAAGUUGUCAUGGGGAAAUGCGAUUCCUCUGCUCUAGGAUCAUAUUCACACGCCUACGUGACGGUGGCUGACAGAGACGCUGCAGAAACCGCUGUGCUGAAUCUGAAUGACACCUACUUCAAUGGCCGAAUAAUUGUAGUUGUCUCACUGCCUCACAAUUGCAGAAAGGCACCCUGAGACCCACUGUCACUGAGGCCUGCUUUCUCCUCACCCUUUGGCAUCAAGUCAUGUCAGUGGCUGUGGGAAAAUCAAGUUGUCGUGUUUCUACCUCUUGUGUGUCUGGUGUUGUGACUGUGUAAAAGACAUUCCAAGUUCCUCAUUACCAUCUUCAUGGUUUCGACAAAGCUGACACAGGAGAUUGUGUUGUUCCCUCUGACCUUGCUGCCAAAUUGCAGGUUGGUUUGUUGUGUUCUAUGCUCUUUGUUGGUAGGACUUUGCCAGGCAGCAUUGUUUCAUCUUUUUGAAGCAGUUUGUACGGACAGGGUUUCCAGUAGUAUGGUAUGUUAUCCAUAUGUUGGUCACACAUAUAGCUGGAAAAAGGCAGUAAAGACAGUGACAUUGAAUACAGAGGCACAGGACAGUACUACUAUCUAGCGUGGCACAUUAUGUUUUCAUUUCUUGCCUUGUUCUCUUUUGAGCCGCACCUUUCUUGAGCAAGUCGGCUUAAAAGUACGCUCUCCUUGAGUGACAAGCAUUGUAGAUUGCAGGGUUUGAGCAGUGCUGUGCACAUUUAAAUGCCACUGUAGAAAGCACCAGACACACAGUGCUAAAGAGCUGCAUAAAGUAACGAUGACUGUUGUUGUUGCAACUAAAGAUGCAGCUUGAAGCGUUUAAAUUUUUGUUCAUUUUUGUGCAAGGUGUUGUACACGGGUAACAUACUUUGUGCUGAGCACAUCUACGUUUGCAUGGAGCCUGGUGAUCCACGUUUUGCAAUGGAGGAGCAAUUGUUUUAUUUGAUGUUUUGUAAUUAACUAUACAACAUUUGACUUAGAUGCUUGAUUUUUAUUUAUGCAUAGCAAGUGAUAUCUGUGAGUUGUCUUGUGGUUGUGCUCUGGUCUGUGUGAUUUGCAAAAGGUUAGUAGAAAGAAAAAAAAAUAACCUUUUUCUUUAUGUGGAGGUGGGAAGGCAAGUUAUUGGCAGCUGUUGCUUGGUGGAAGUACACUGCCCGAAGGGCAAGCUAUGAAUAAUGCAUGCUAAACUGCAUAGGUUUCGAGUAUUGUAUAUAGCUAAGUGACCUUAGAAAACAAAUAUAUUAUGGGGCAGCUUGA